AUGGGACUUUAUCGGUAUUUUCUGGUGAUCGUAACGGUAAGUGAAAAACGAUGACUGAGAUAAUGUAAUCUGUUCCUGCUUUAGCUGAACGACAUGAUCUUGACCGUCAUUAUUGGGUUUCUACUUUGUCCAGUGGUAAGUAGACAUUCUAAUAACUGAGUUGCUGGAAGUGAAGGAACAUGCAUAUCUAUCGUUUUAGCAAAUGUUUUGGUAAAGCUUGACACAAACGUAGAUGGGUUGAGUAAUAAAUUUUUUCGCGGCACUUUUAGAGCGGGUUUAUGGAACCACCGAUGAAAUUCAGCUCUAGUAUUACCAAGCGCAUUGCCGAUAAUGCCAAUUCUUUGUUACCUCCUACAGUAAAAAUACCACAGCAAAAGUACCAACAGGGCCUGGGUGGACAUGGUUUUCAGCUCAUUUGUUAUGCUGUCACAAAGUUUGCGAAUGCGUCUGCAAGACACGUACCUAAAUUUAUGAAAUUUAAAACAAAAACCGCUUAGACUGUGCGCUUAAGAUUUGAGACACUAGCCAUUUCUUCAAGUGGUACCUUUUUUCUUCGAAUUUAAUCUCCGAAUUUCAGCCUGGCGAUCCAUUUCCUGGUACGGGUCUGAAAAUGGAAGGCAUCUUUUCUCAUGUUGGUGAAAAGGGAGUAUAUAUUAUGGUAAGCUCAUAAAAAGUUUUAUCCCACUUUUAAAAUACUUACAUAUUUUACAUAAAACAAGAUUUUUAAUCCUGAAUCAAUUUAAGAUCAUUCUCCUCUCUGUUUUUGCGGGUAACGUCGUCUCGUGUCAAAACUAUGGCCUUGUUUAUCGAUUCGUUGUGAUCCUACCCAACGAAACGUUCAGUCGAGUUGCCAGCCAUCCCAUUUGCACCGUGAUCUACAUUAUCUUCUGCGAGAUUAUCGUUUUUGGCAUUGGCUUUGGCUUGAGCAAUUCAUUGGCAACUCAAGAGCAGGCGAAGGCUCUCCUAAUUCAACGAGGACUGUGGGCCAACGAUCCAAUUACUCCGGGAUCGUAUCGGAUAUUAUUUAAGAGCGAGAGAAGCGAAUUCAAAAGCUUGAUUUUGGGAAUAUUCGCAAUCGCCCUGUUCGCAGAAUUCUUCUACCUUCUUUGUGUCAGAUAUAUUCUAUAUUUGAUUCGGCAACAAGGAGCGAUAUUCUCCAAAUCGACUUAUCGAAUGCACAGACAACUGACGAUUUUGUUGGGAGUUCAGGUAGGAAUAAAUGUCAAAGAUGUGGCCGGACUCUCUGUACCCAAAACCUCGACUUUCAGUACUGUCAUAGCCGGAAAGAAAAAUAUUUCUCUUGAAAUUUAUCAUAGUACCUCAACUUUUUAGCUCCUCGUUCCGCUCAUCUGCGUCCUCUUCCCCGUGUGUGUUACUUUUGCCUCAGCUUUAAUCGGCAAGCCCUUUACCUCAUUUACUGCCAAGGUUGGAAUCCUGGUGAUCGCCUCCCAGUCAACUUUUUCCUCAAUAAUGACUAUCUGUUUUAUCGGUCCUUAUCGACGAUUUGUAUUGCGGCAGCUUCGGAUUCGGGUCGGAGCCGAGACUUCAACGCAAAGCAACUCUGGCUUCGCAACGACGACAAGAUAUCGGAAAAAUAGUACUAAGAGAAGGCCGUCAAACAUCAUGUUUAUUAAAUAUUGA